CGGCUGAGACGAAAGCUUCACUGGGGCAGUCUCCGCAUAUCAUGGGGAGAUAGACGCUGCUGCCUUUGAUUGGCCUUGGUCCUCACAGCUCUAAAAAGAAGCAGGAUCUUGAUAAGCUCUAUGAGCUGAAGUCUAAAGCACGGCAGAUUAUGAACCAGUUUGGCCCCUCAGCGCUAAUCAACCUCUCCAGUUUCUCAUCUAUAAAACCAGAGCCAGCCAGCACCCCGCCACAAGGCUCCAUGGCCAAUAGCACCACGGUGGGGAAGAUAGCAGGCACUCCCGGGACAGGUGGUCGUCUCAGCCCAGAAAACAACCAGGUAUUGACCAAGAAGAAAUUACAAGACCUAGUAAGAGAAGUGGAUCCUAAUGAGCAGCUGGAUGAAGAUGUGGAAGAGAUGCUGCUACAGAUCGCUGAUGAUUUUAUUGAGAGUGUGGUGACAGCCGCCUGCCAGCUCGCUCGACACCGCAAGUCCAGCACACUGGAGGUGAAAGAUGUCCAGCUACAUUUAGAGCGCCAGUGGAACAUGUGGAUCCCUGGAUUUGGCUCUGAGGAAAUCCGACCCUACAAAAAAGCUUGUACCACAGAAGCUCACAAACAGAGAAUGGCAUUGAUCCGGAAAACAACCAAGAAAUAACACAGGGAACGGUCAGGGAAUGGACGACAUGUAUGUGGAGAUACUUGAGCUGAGACCUCAGCCAUCUCAUCCUUGGAUUUUUUUUUAAAUGCUUUACAGAGAAGCAUAUAUUUUUUAUUAACAGUGCAGCAAUAUCUAUAAUGACUGAGAAGAUCUGCCAAAAGAAUAAAGCCUCCUACCCCACCUUCUGGUCCCUUUUCCCUGCC